AAGCUGUAAAGUGAAUGAAGGCUGAACGGCCUGAUAUCAUGUCACCCGUAAUGGAAUGGAUCAGGUUGCCAUCCAAACUCCAUUCAGUAACCGAGCCAUUAAGACCACGUGACCGAGCCAUUUACCACUAUUCCCUCGCCCUAUUUCUUUCCGAACUUUCAGCUCCCACACUCUUUGCCCGCUACUCCCAGUUGCCUGCGAUCCAUCUCUAAUGUUACAAAGUCGUGUGAUUGCAGCCUUGCGUUCUCACGCUUUCAGGCGUUCCUAUUCUUCCAUUGGUGUCUUUCCUGAUCUGGUCAAAGACAAGACCGUGCAAUUGACAAACUCCCGAGGUGUCAAUGUGAUUCACGAUCCUCUUCUUUCCAAAGGCACAGCGUUCAGUAUCGCCGAGCGAGAGCGCUUAUCUCUCCGUGGCCUCGUGCCCCCCCGGUGCCAGGAAAUGGACAAGCAGCUGGCCCGUGUCAAGGCCAACCUUGAUGCGUGCGAAACACCGCUGUCUAAAUUUGUGUUUGUAACAGCUCUACAGGACCGUAACGAGACUCUUUUCUAUCGACUUUUGAUCGACAACCUCGAAGAAUUAGCCGGAAUUAUUUAUACACCUACCGUCGGACUGGCUUGUCAGCGGUUCCACUCUAUUUACCGAAGAUCUCGAGGAAUGUACUUUUCUACGCAAGACCGAGGAGCCAUGUCUGCCAUGGUGUAUAACUGGCCUCAAGAAGAAGUGGAUGUGAUUGUCGUCACCGAUGGAUCAAGAGUUUUAGGACUGGGUGACCUGGGAGCCAAUGGAAUGCAAAUCCCUAUUGGCAAGCUGAGUUUGUAUGUUGCUGCAGGAGGCAUUCGCCCUAAAGCUAUUCUUCCCGUGGUUCUGGAUGUCGGUACCAACAAUGAGCAGUUAUUGCAUGAUCCAUUGUAUCUUGGUAUGGGUCACCCUCGUCUCGAUAAUGAAGAUUACUAUUCCUUUGUCGACGAAUGGGUACAGGCUGUAAAAGCAAGAUGGCCAAAUGCGUUGAUCCAAUUUGAAGAUUUCAAGUACCCUCAUGCAUAUAAUUUGCUAAAUAAAUACCGCGAUGAAGUCACUUGUUUCAACGAUGAUAUUCAGUCCACCUCGGCUAUUACCUUGGCCGGUAUUCUCGCCGCUCUCAAGGCUCGUGGUUUGCAGCAAGAACAGCUGGCUGAAGAACGCAUUGUAUGCGUUGGAGCGGGCUCAGCUGGUGUUGGUGUGUGCGAAGGUAUCAUUGACUGCAUGGUUGCUCAAGGCCGUGUUCGCACCCGUGAAGAAGCUUAUUCCAAAAUCUGGAUGUUGGAUCAGCACGGUUUGCUAGGAAAUGCUGCUAUUUCAUCUAAUGACCCAGGUCGUAUAGCCCAAGGACCUGACCGUCCUGUCAAGUUGGAUGAACGCCAAAGAAACUAUGCAAAGAUGGAUCUUCCUGACCGUAUCAGUCUUGAAGAAGUCGUCGAACGAGUGAAAAACGGCCAAGUUUGCAGAACCAACCAAUGCAACAACUCUUAUUCCUUCCCUGGUCUUGGUUUGGGUAUCACCGUGUCGCGCGCAACCAAGGUCACCCCCAGCAUGUUCCUUGAGACCGCCAAAACCAUUGCCAACUUGGCCUCUCCUUCCCAACUCAAGGAAGGCACUCUCUUCCCUGGCGUAGCUCAAUUACGACAAGUUGCUCUUGCUGUGGGAACCCGAGUUUGUGAAGUUGCCUUUGAAGAAGGUGUUGCCAGCUCAAAGUUGAAGGAAGGUGAAAUUUUGCAAGAGGUGGUUAAAGCUUCCAUGUAUGAGCCGGAAUAUGUCCCACUGGUGUACUCUCCGUAAAUUGGGCUGGCCACUACCAUUUUCCUCCAUAUUUAUUCUUAUUCCAAACAGCAAAUUCACGUACAUGAUAUAUCAAUAGAAAUUCUCCUUCAUUCACAAUUCUGGCAUUUAUUGGCAAA